UACAGCUUCACCGCGAGUUUGAAUUGAAAUCCCAUCUUCGUGUCCUUACAUACCCCUUACUCCAGUUCCUGCUAUCCGUCUGGCUUCUGGCCUCUUGAUUCUAGGCUGCGGACAUGGCUGAUCGAUAUUCAUUCUCGCUCACGACCUUCUCUCCCAGCGGGAAGCUUGUACAGAUUGAAUAUGCUUUGAACGCGGUAAAUCAAGGCGUAACUUCGCUGGGCAUAAAAGCCACAAAUGGAAUUGUCCUUGCUACAGAGAAGAAGUCCUCGUCCCCGCUUAUAGAUGCCUCGUCAUCAUCUAAGAUUAGCCUUAUCACACCAAACAUCGGCAUGGUAUAUUCCGGCAUGGGCCCGGACUACAGGGUGCUGGUGGACAGAGCACGAAAGGUGACACACACAAAUUACAAGCGAAUCUACAAUGAGUAUCCGCCCACGAGGAUACUGGUCCAGGACGUUGCCAAGGUCAUGCAGGAGGCUACGCAGCAAGGUGGCACACGGCCGUACGGCGUAAGCUUGCUGAUCGCAGGCUGGGACGAUGGCAUUGAGCCGGAAGAUGAUUCAUCGGAUGAGGAGAAGGCCGACACAAAGAAGAAGGCGGCAGGUAAGACUGGGGGCAUUCUGAAGGGUGGUCCGAGUUUGUACCAGGUCGACCCCAGCGGGAGCUAUUUCCCGUGGAAGGCGACAGCGAUUGGCAAAAGCGCGACGAGCGCGAAGACGUUCUUGGAGAAACGGUAUACCGAAGGUUUGGAGCUGGAGGAUGCCAUACACAUUGCUCUUCUGACGCUGAAGGAGACGAUUGAGGGUGAGAUGAACGGCGACACGGUGGAGAUUGGUAUUGUCGGUCCACCAGAAGAUCGUUUGCUCGGCUUUGAAGGUGUGGAGGGUGCGGUCGGUCCAAGAUUCAGGAAGCUGAGCCCUCAGGAGGUUGAAGAUUACCUUACGAACCUGUAAAAAGCGCAUUUCCAUUCUAGUGGAGUUUGAAUGAUGAACGGCACGGAGCACAGGGUGUUACAUCUGUAGACAUUAGUUUCGGAAUACCAGCAUGCUCACAGAAGAGAGCACUCAAGGUCAACCCAAAUCAAUAGAUCAGAAGUCCAAGCUUAAGCUUAAGCUUCAACGUCGAGCAGAGCUGCAUCAAGUUUUUUUUACGCUUCUUGCAUUAU